CACCUCCUGUGAGCUUUAGUCACGAUACGUUUCUUUAAGUGCUGUGAAACAUCAUUAAUGCAACACUUCUGAUGUGUUUGGAUCACGUUUAGUUUUUUUCAGACUUUUAGAGAGUUAUUAUUUCACAACAGAAAAUGCUUUACACAUCUCUUGUGUUGUGCUUGUGGACUCUGAUCGGUCAUGUGAUCGUGUGGAGGUUUGGAGUAUACGGUCCUGUCAUCGCCAGAAUCAAGAGAUCAGUCAAUAUUAAUCCCAUAUAUGAUGAUAAUGAGACUGAGAUGUUCAGAGACAGACUGAAGAUGAACAAUCAGACUGGAGAUCUCACCAUCACACACAUCACAUCUCAACACUCUGGACUUUAUCAUCUACAUGUUACAAUAGGAACUCAACAGACAGUUAAGCAUUUCAGUCUUUCUGUUGGUGCUCCCAGUACUGUCAGUAUCAGUGAAUAUACACAAACUCCAUCAUCAUCAUCAUCAUCUUCAUCAUCAGAGAGUUCAGGUGUGUCAGCUCCCACGGCUGUCAGUAUCAGUGAAUCUACACAAACUCCAUCAUCAUCAUCACCAUCUUCAUCACCAUCAUCAUCUUCUUCAUCAUCAACAAUAGAGCGUUCAGGUGUGUCAGGAAUCUGA